UUUUUAACCUGUCUCCUGCUUUCCCGGGGCAGGGGGAGGGGGGUGGCAGAUGUCACAUUCCAUCAGGACCCUUGCCUUCUAUGAAAAAGCAGCUGUACCCUUCUACCACCUACCACUCAAGAAGACAAGAUCAGCACCCCAGGGGUGGACAUGGAGCUCGCAGCUUCUUUGAGAACUAACUUCUUUCCUGGUUUUGGAUUCUUGGGGAUGCUCACCCCCAGCAGAACACACACACACUUCCCUGCUAGCCCACACCAGGUCUAGACACUGCUGAGCCCAGUGGAAAGCUACCAGCUCUUGUUGUGCUGAACCAGGCAAAGAAGUAGCCUCAGAAACAGGAAGUCCCGCCCUUGAAGUGGGAGAGGGCUGGGAGGCCUGGGUCUCAGCCUCCUGGGACCUGGAGAGAGAGUUGUCUGGCAUCAAACGUGUCCACCUGGUAGUGAGGAAGUGAGCACUUGGUCAGGCAGGGGAGAAGUCUGGGGCCUCUUGUGGGUCCCAGGUGUGGUGCAAGUUCUUGGCACCCAUGCUCCACCUCUCUGGGCUGGGCUCCUCUGGCUGGGUGGGGUGGGGAGCAAGAGUUCCCUUCUCUCAGACUUCCUUCCCUAGUUCUGUCUCAGUUUUUCUUGAGUUUGAUCUCUGUUGCAGGAUUUCUGCAUUUCUCCAUAUCCCUUGCUCUGUUAGUUCAAAACCUCUGGAUUGGGAGAACCUGCUGAGUACACAGUGAUCUUGAACUGGAUGGGUGUGUGUGUGUGUGUGACUCAUUGACCCCACCAUUCUUCGAGAGGACAUCCAUAACUCACCCAGAGUCUGGACUACAGACACACCUUUUGGCUUCAUACUCCAUAACUGACCUUGGUCAAUUAAUCUUUGAGUUGCCUCAGUUUCUUCAUCUGUAUAAUGGGGGAUAUCAGAUUUCAUGAGUUACUAUCUGUAAAGUAUCCAAUACAGUCCCUCCACCCCGUAUCUUCACUAGUAUAUAGUGAAGGCUCAAUAUAAUGUAGCUUUUCUUUUUCUGAGGACUUGGGGUGCCCCUCCCCAGACCUACCAUUUUUUAGGUCUGCUUUAUUCCCAGGAGCCAUGGGAUGGGUGGGGAGGCAGGCUCAUGCUAAAUGAAAGUCCUGGGAGGUUAAGGGAAUGAGGGAGGAGAUGAGUACCAAGGGAAGGGCUUGCCAAGAAAAUGUUGAGACUGGAGCAGCAGCUUAGAGGUGGGCAAGCAGGUAGUUCCAGGCAGAAAUGGCUUGGAGAGAAUGCAGAAGGUCCGCGGGAAGAGGAAUAGUCAGAAGGGUGGGGGAGGGUUCGGCGGGGACACCCAGGACCGAGGAAAUAAACAAGGGGAGCGCCACCACAGAGGUGGAGGGUAAUGCUGCUGGGAAUCAACCCCCUCAGACUUUCCACUGCGAAGCGAAACCGUGAGCCUUGGGGUGUGUUGGGGGGGGCAACGGGGAGGGGAAGUGGGGAAGGUGGAGGGAAGGCAGAAGGACAGGGUUGUGGGCCCUGGGAGCAGCAGAACUGCCUCCCAGCUCAAGACAGCCACCUUGCCUCCACUCUACUCUCUGCCACUGCCCUGCCCAUUUGCUGGAACCCCCCGACUCCCCCUCCCAAACUCCUGCUGCCUGAUCUGGCCGGCUUGCCUCUGGAUUCCAGCCCUCUAGUCAUUGGUUCUUCCCUCUAUCUCCAGGUCUCUGUCCUUGUCCCUCUUCUAGAUUCCCUUCCUCCACCCCAUAUCUUUGCAACACACUCUUUUGUCCAUCUGCCCCUCCUUUCUUUCUGACCUCUUCCCUUUGGGGGGCUCAGCGUGGCCCAGGCCUAAGGGAGAUGUGGGAGGCUCAGUUCCUGGUUCUUCUGCUUCUGCAACUGCCGUGGGUGGCUCCAGGUAAGACGGGGCUGACCCUCUGGGAGGGCUGCCCUCCAGACCCAUGGGUGGGGGAGGGGGUGGUCAGCAGGGAUGUCUGGACCUCACAGAUGCCAAGUUCCUUAGCUUGGGUGGAUUCUUCUAAUGCCUUGCUUGGGGCAGUCUUUCUGCCCCCAAAGCCUCUUGUCAGUCUUCCCGUUGGGUGGGGAAGGGACAGAAACCCAAGGUCUUCCUCAGCCCCGUUUCUCCUUCAGGUAACUGAGGCUCCUUCUCUACUCCUAAGUCUUUUAGCUCACGGCCCCUCCCCUUGGCCUCUUUUUUCCUCCCCAGUGGAGGCUCCAGGGUCUGGGACAGAGGUCCGGGUGGUGUGGGCCCAGGAGGGGGCUCCGGUCCAGCUCCCCUGCAGCCCCACAGCCCCUCUCCAGGAUGUCAGCCUUCUGCGAACCGCAGGGGUCACUUGGCACCACCUACCAGACAGCGGUCCUCCGGCGCCCGCGCCCAGCCUGCGCCCCGCCGCGCCCUCCGCCCGGGGCCCGGGUCCGCGGCGCUACGUGGUGCUGAUGCUGGCGGCCGGCGGCCUGCGCAGCGGGAGGCCCCCCCUGCAGCCCCGCGUGCAGCUGGACGAGCGCGGCCUCCAGCGCGGGGACUUCUCGCUGUGGCUGCGCCCGGCCCGACGCGCCGACGCCGGCGAGUACCGCGCGGCCGUGCACCUCCGGGACCGCUCCCUCACCUGCCGCCUCCGUCUGCGCGUGGGCCAGGCCUCCAUGACUGCCAGCCCCCCAGGGUCCCUCAGGAUCUCCGACUGGGUCAUUUUGAACUGCUCCUUCAGCCGCCCUGACCUGCCAGCCUCUGUGCACUGGUUCCGGGGCAGAGUCCCUGUUCACGAGUCCCCCCAUCACCACAUAGCUGGAAGCUUCCUCUUCCUGCCCCAAGUCAGCCCCUCAGACUCUGGGCCCUGGGGUUGCAUUCUCACCUACAGAGAUGGCUUCAAUGUCUCCCUCACGUACAACCUCACCGUUCUGGGUCUGGAGCCCUCAGUGCCUCUGAUGGUGUAUGCUGGAGCAGGUUCCAGGGUGGACCUACCUUGCCGCCUGCCCCCCGGUGUGGGGACCCAGUCUUCUCUCACUGCCAAGUGGACCCCUCCCGGGGGAGGCCCUGACCUUCUGGUGGCUGGAGACCAUGGCAACUUUACCCUCCAACUGGAGGCUGUGAGCCAGGCCCAGGCUGGGGCCUACACUUGCCACAUCCAUCUGCAGGGAGAGCAGCUCAGCGCAACGGUCACUCUGGCAGUCAUCACAGGUGUCUCCAGGCUGAAGCAUCGCGUCGAAUCGAAAAAAAACCUGUGGGACCAAGGAUCCUUUCCUCUGAUCAUCAAGGAUCUUGAAGUAGCAGACUCAGGGGUUUACUUCUGUGAGGUAGAAGGCAAGAUGCAAGAGGUGGAGUUGAUGGUGUUCAACUCUUUCCAGAAGGUCUCUAACACAGUCUAUACAAAAGAAGGGGAGCAGGUGGAGUUCUCCUUUCCGCUUAACUUCAAAGAUGAAAACCUGAGCGGGGAGCUGAGGUGGCGGGCAGAGGGGGCUCCCUCCUCCCUGCUCUGGAUCUCCUUCACCUUGGAGAACAAGAAGCUAUCUGUGAAAGAGGUCCACCACCCCAAACUCCAGAUGAAGACUUUUCUCCCGCUCAGCUUUAUCCUGCCCCAGGCUUUGUCUCAGUAUGCUGGUUCUGGAACCCUGACCCUGAGGCUUGCCAAGGGGACAUUGAAGCAGGAAGUGAAUCUUGUGGUGAUGAGAGUGACUAAGUCUCAGAACAAUUUGACCUGCGAGGUGCUGGGACCCACCUCCCCUGAGCUGACUCUGAGCUUGAAUCUGGAAGAGCGGGCUGCCAAGGUCUCAAAGCAGCAGAAGCUGGUAUCGGUGGUGGACCCUGAGGGGGGAACAUGGCAGUGUCUACUGAGUGACAAGGACAAAGUCCUGCUGGCCUCCAACGUCAAGGUUUUGUCCCCAGUGUUCACCAAGGCCUGGCCAAAGCUCUUGGCCAUUGUGCUGGGCGGGAUCUUAGGCCUUCUGCUUUUCAUUGGGCUCUGCAUCUUCUGCUGUGUUAAGUGCUGGCACCGCAGGCCGGUUCCAGAAGACAUGCAAUCUCAUUUGAGGCGCAGGUCCAGGGGAGUUCCCGCUUGCAGCCUCCCCAGCUGUCUUUCCCCUGCUUUUCCUGCUGGGCUCCUGGGCCUGUGGACCAGAUGAAUGUAGAAGACCCCAGCACUUCCGGCCCACUCCUGCUCUCCUUUGUCCACACUUGGCCCUUGGUCCUCCUCUUGCAGAGGCCUACAUCAUUUCUUCCCCAUUUCCUUUGCAUCAAGCCUAACCCUAUCGAUGAUUUCUUCCCAGCUCUCUCCCCCACGGCCCACUGGUCCCUGGGGAAUCACGUGGGCCCAGCCCUGCCUGGCUUGGAGGGCAAGGCUGGGUGUCGGAAGCAUGAAGCACAGGACUGUCAUUUUACUGGACGGGACCUUGGGACCAGAGGAGGCAGGGACCAGCCCAAGAUCACACAGCUAGAGGAGGGUAGAUCCAGAUCCAAAGGCUGCUGACUCAGCUGCCUCCAUGGCUCCAUUUGGCCUGCUCCUCACUCUGAGCUGGCAGGACACACUCACAUCGUGACCUGUGUACAAACAGGCAACCCUGGACCCACACCCAUGUACAGAGUGCACACUUGUGCACAGACAUGAUUCCUUAUCCAAGCAGUACGUGUCAGUUUAUGAGCCAGUUUCACAUCCUUUGUCUGUUUAAACCUUAAGAAGAUCUUACAGAGCUUAGUAGUGUCAGGACCAAGAUUAGCAUCUCCAAUUUAUAGGCCAGAAAUGGAACUCAGAGAGGUCAGCUGAUUGCCCAAGUCACACAGCUCGUCAGUGCCAGAGGACUAGCCCAGGUCUCCUAACCCCUAGUUCCAGGGCCGUACCCUGAACACAGACACAAGUACCACGCAGAUCUCUGUAGCUGAUUAGUCACUGCUGCCCAGGACCCACCUCUGCAUUCCUAAGAGCACACCACCCCAGGCAGGGCCUGCCUCAGAGAGUUCAGAAACACAGACAGAAGCCUGUUGCCAGAGGACAAAACUGUCAGUCCUCCUAAUCAGAGCACAGGCUGGGAGCACGGGCCCUGUGGGAGACAGUGCCCAGUGACCUACCACUCACCCUGUUGCAGAACCUUCUGGAAGGUGAGCUUUGCCAGGGGGAGGGGCUGGGGAAAUGGCUGGAGAGGGAACCCUCUGAGGGGACGUCUUGUGAAGGGUGACAGAGCCGGGCUUCAGUCCCCCUGCCCUGUAUUUUCCUUCAUCCCUCCCCCAAACCAUCCAGGAUACAAGAAAAUUGGGGUUACAAGUAGUCUUCUUCCUCCUCUUCUUGAUCCAUUUCUCUCAGGAUCCCCAGCCUCCUCUGCCUCUCCUUCCUUCCCUUUCUCACCACCUGUCUCAGUCCCUACCCCCUCUCCCUAGUCUUCUCUUUCCAGCUUGCCCCUUCCAGGAGGACUCCCCACUGCUUGCUUGGUAUUCCUGCCCACUCGUGCCCCUGCGUCCCUGAGCUGACAGAAAAAUACAAUAAACUUACUGUAAAG